GCUUUGGGUUGGCAACCCAAACCCAAUUAGGCGGAGCAUUCAAUUUCUCACACUCUCUGACUCUCUUCGCAUUUCCUCGUUUCUAUCGACAAGACAGCAACACAAACCAAAGUCCCAACAAAUCUCUUCCUUCCAUCACUUCUAUCUUAAAUACUCUCCCCUUCUCCUUCUCUUCGUGCUUUCUUUGCUUCGACAAUAACCCAUCAUUUCUUCUUCAAGGCCUUUUGGGUUCCAAAAUGGAGGCUACGUUGCCUGUUUGCAAAUCUGUUGCCUCUACUCCUGGUUUAUUCAUGGGGAAAACUAGUGGAAUCAGGAGUUCUCAAUGCAGCUUUAUGAUGGGAAAUAAGGUUAACUUUCCUAGACAAAGAGCUCAGACUGCCCACAUUAGUCACUGUGCUAAGAAUGGAGGAGCUCUUGGGGUUACAUGUCGCGCGGAAAAAAUUCUGGUAGCAAACAGAGGAGAGAUUGCUGUUCGUGUUAUUCGAACUGCACAUGAGAUGGGGAUACCAUGUGUAGCUGUUUACUCUACCAUAGAUAAGGAUGCACUUCAUGUGAAAUUGGCUGACGAAUCAGUGUGCAUCGGUGAAGCACCCAGCAGUCAGUCGUACUUAGUGAUCCCAAAUGUUUUAUCUGCUGCUAUAAGUCGUAGAUGUACAAUGCUGCAUCCUGGAUAUGGCUUCCUUGCUGAAAAUGCUGUAUUUGUGGAAAUGUGCAGAGAACAUGGAAUAAACUUUAUCGGGCCUAAUCCUGACAGUAUAAGGGUCAUGGGUGACAAAUCAACUGCUAGAGAAACAAUGAAGAAGGCAGGGGUUCCAACUGUACCAGGAAGUGAUGGCUUAUUACAGAGUACUGAGGAAGGAGUAAGGCUCGCCAACGAGAUUGGUUAUCCUGUGAUGAUCAAGGCAACGGCAGGUGGUGGAGGACGUGGAAUGCGGCUUGCCAAAGAAGCUGAUGAGUUUGUAAAGUUGCUACAGCAAGCUAAAAGUGAGGCUGCUGCUGCAUUUGGAAAUGAUGGAGUUUAUUUGGAGAAGUAUGUUCAAAAUCCCAGACACAUUGAGUUCCAGGUUCUUGCAGACAAAUUUGGUAAUGUUGUUCAUUUUGGUGAGCGAGACUGCAGUAUUCAGAGACGUAACCAAAAGCUGUUGGAAGAAGCACCAUCUCCAGCUUUGACUCCUGAGUUACGGAAGGCCAUGGGUGAUGCAGCAGUUUCAGCUGCAGCAUCCAUAGGGUACAUAGGUGUUGGAACGGUUGAGUUCCUUUUGGAUGAAAGGGGUUCCUUCUACUUCAUGGAAAUGAACACUCGAAUCCAGGUGGAGCAUCCAGUGACUGAAAUGAUUUCUUCUGUUGAUUUGAUUGAGGAACAAAUUCGUGUAGCCAUGGGAGAGAAACUUCGAUACAAACAGGAAGAUAUUGUUCUUAGAGGACAUUCAAUUGAAUGCCGUAUCAAUGCAGAAGAUGCUUUUAAGGGAUUCCGACCUGGGCCUGGGAGAAUAACAGCAUAUUUGCCAUCUGGAGGCCCGUUUGUUAGAAUGGAUAGCCAUGUUUAUCCUGAUUAUGUUGUUCCUCCAAGCUAUGAUUCCCUACUUGGAAAGCUUAUUGUCUGGGCUCCAACAAGAGAAAAAGCAAUUGAGCGAAUGAAAAGGGCUCUUGAUGACACUAUUAUUACUGGAGUUCCGACGACUAUAGAUUACCACAAACUUAUCCUUGAAAUUGAGGACUUCAAAAAUGGAAAUGUUGAUACCGCUUUCAUUCCGAAGCAUGAAAAGGAGUUAGCAGCGCCACAACAAAUCAUACCAGCCAAACAGUUGACCAAUUCAGCCGCAUAAAUAGAUCACUUCUCAAAUCGCAACCAUCUUCAGCUAAUUUUCAAGCGCAGUUAAGAGGCCAGGUUCUUAUGCGAAUCUGCUGGAAGCUUUCGUUUUCCUUUCCUUUAGAACUUGUAAAUUUCAACGUGCCAGACACGGGAGAAUUAUUCAUGAAAUUUUGAUGUAUGCUGUAUGCAUUCCUUUUAGUUGGGGAUGAAAAUGGGGUAAAGUUCAUCUUGCUCAUACAGUACUUGGAUGGUGAUGUUUUUAGUCAAGGCUGAUUCGAAAUUUCUUGAGAUGAAGGGAGAAAUUUAGCUCUA